AUGACAGAAGUCGUGGCGACUCAAACGCCGCCCAUACUCCACGGACCGUCUGACAAGGAGAAGAAGUAUGAUCGACAGCUUCGUCUGUGGGCUGCAAGCGGCCAAGCAGCACUUGAGUCCGCAAACAUCCUCCUCUUCAACACGGGCGCGGGCACUGUAGGAGUAGAGACGCUCAAAAAUCUGGUUCUGCCCGGUAUUGGUCGCUUCACGAUCAUUGAUGACGCUGUCACCACUGAGGCUGAUCUUGGCAUCAACUUCUUCCUCGACGAGGCUUCUGUGGGCAAGCCAAGGGCACAGUCUUGCGCAGAGCUCCUGCUAGAGCUGAACCCGGAGGUCCAAGGUGACUGGUUUCCUAAGAACCAAUCGUUGGACCUGGGCAAGGUGCUCUCUGAGGUGCCGACUUUCACCAUGAUCGUCUACACUUUCCCCAUCCGUCCAGAUGAUUUGAAGGUCCUCGAAGACUACGGCAGCGAGCACCUCACACCGUUGGUUGCCGUCCACUCCGCAGGCCUCUACUCGUACUUUCGAGUAGGCCUACCUGGCAGUUUUCCCAUCGUCGACACACACCCAGACGAAACCGCCACAACUGAUCUGCGACUGCUCUCACCAUGGCCCGAGCUGCAGACUUUCGCCACUGACCUGACGGAGGAUAUUGACGCUAUGGACAACCAUGAGCAUGGACACUUACCAUACGUGGUCAUCUUGCUGUACUUUCUGGGAAAGUGGAAGGAUGUUCAUGGAGACUAUCCAAGGAAAUAUGCCGAGAAGACGGCGUUCAGGAAGAUGGUUGCAGCUGGGGCAAGGACCAACAACCCAGAAGGUGGCGAAGAGAACUUUGACGAGGCGGUCGCCGCCGUAGUUAAGACGGUAGUGCCGCCCAGCAUACCAUUAAGUCUGAAAGAAGUGUUUGAGUACACUCACGAUGAUCCGAUUGAGCAACAAUCGAGCUUCUGGAUCAUCGCCGACGCGGUCAAGAGGUUCCAUGAGAAGCACGGUAGUUUGCCACUGCCUGGCAACGUACCAGACAUGAAGGCACAGUCCAAGGUCUACAUCCAACUCCAAAAUAUAUACAAGAAUAGGGCUCGGCGGGACGUUGCCGAGGUGCUCGAAACAGUCAGGCAGUCUCCAGGUGGCGAGAACGUCGAUCCUGAUGAGGUGGAGCUCUUUUGCAAGAACGCUGCCUUCGUCAAGCUUGUCAAUAAUGGUGGUGCGGACGCUGAUCGUCUGGCAAGGGUUGCAGGAGAGCAACUGGCUCAGGACGCAAAUGCGGAGGUCACGAUGUCGCCCCUUUCGCUGAUCCCCAUCUACCUUGCUCUGUUUGCGACGUCACACAAUCCCCAGGCCUCCACAGAAGAGAUUGUGAAGACCAUCGGAGAUAUUGUUCCAGAUGCCGCGAAGAAUGGACGAGUGGUCAAGGUUGCUGAGGAGGUUGCCCGUGCUGGUGGCGGAGAACUACACAACACAUCCGCCUUGACCGGUGGCAUGGUGGCCCAGGAGAUAAUUAAGAUCAUCACUAAACAGUAUAUACCUGUCGACAACACCUGCAUUUUCGACGGUAUAAGCAGCAGGUGCCAGGUACUUCGCUUGUGA